AUGAAGAUGCCAACAGUUCCCCGUUCGAAGGCUGAGUGGGAGGCAGUGCUGACUACAAACUCUGCGGAUGGAACCAAGUCUUCGCCUUGGAUUAACAAGGAUCUCGCGCCUACUCCGCCGAAUGCAAGGACAUGGUCCUGGAUCUCACUCAGCAGUUAUUGGUGGGGUAACGCGUUCAACGCAAGUCAAUGGUCAAACGGCGCGAGUUUGAUCGCUGUCGGCCUUAACUGGCAUCAAGCUCUGAUUGCGUGCAUCAUAGCCAACUUGAUUUCAUCUUCUGUUGCUCUUGCCCUCGGCCGUCCAGGUGCAAGGUACCAUGUUGGCUACCCCGUCCUAGCUCGAAGUGUCUUCGGAAUGUAUGGCCAGUUCUUUUUCGUUUGGAUCCGAGCCGUGGUGGCUACUAUUUGGUUUGGAGUCCAGUCAUACUUCGGGUCCCAGCUAUUCAGCGUCCUCCUGAGAUGCGUCUUUGGAGAAUCCUGGUGGAACAUGACAAACCACUUGCCUGCCAGCGCUGGCAUCACGUCUAGGGAUCUUCUGGCCUUCUUCUUGUUCUGGAUCAUUGAGAUGCCCUUCUUGGCAGUCCACCCACGCAAGAUCAAGUUUUUGUUCGCGGCCGAGUCCAUAAUCUGCCCUCUAGCCUGUAUCGGUGUCUUCUCCUGGUGUGUUCAUUAUGGAGGAGGAAUUCGUAUGAAUUCUCUUUCCUCAACCACGGAAGUAAAGGGAGGAGCCCUCGGAUGGGCAAUGCUUAACGGAAUAAACAGCUGCUUGGGCGUUACGUCUGCGCUGCUAGUCAAUCAACCCGACCUUACUCGGUACACACGCAGGCCCAAGGAUGCUGGCUGGAGGCAAUCAUCGUCCAUCUUCCUCAGCAAGACGCUGAUUUUCUUUUUUGGUAUUGGUGCUACAGCUGCAGUGCAAGGGAAGUUCGGCAACGCAUACUGGAACCAGUGGGAUCUUCUCAACGCAAUCCUUGAUCGAUUUUGGAGUCCAGCAGCUCGAGCUGGAUGCUUCUUUGCCUCGUUCGGCUUUGCGUUGUCGGUAUUGGGCGUGAACAUUGGCUGUAACGCUAUUCCCUUUGGAGCCGAUGUCACCGGUCUGGUACCAAAAGUGUUUACAAUUGUCCGGGGGCAGAUUUGUUGCGGAAUCUUAUCCCUCGCCAUUGUGCCGUGGAAGCUCCUGACCUCUGGAUCGGCCUUCUUGAUAUUUCUCGGCAGUUACAAUUGUUUCAUUUCCCCUAUCUGUGCCAUCAUUAUUGUCGACUACUUCUUCGUCAAACGUGGGAAUAUCCAUACUCCGUCGCUAUUUAACCCGUCCAAAAGCUCACUGUACUUUUACACUGGCGGUUGGAAUUUGAAGGCACUCGGAUGUUGGGUUUGCUCAGCAGUAUUCGGUAUCCCAGGGCUUAUCGGAGCUUAUCAUCCAACCUGGGUCUCUAUGGCUGCGACUCACAUAUACCAGACAGGUUGGGUUAUCUGCUUUUCUGCAGCCGCAGUAUUCUACUAUGCUGUGAACUUUGUCAUCCCAGCUGAAGUCUUGCCACACGGUCAGGCAACUUUCGGCCUUGCCUUUGAGCAUUUGGCAGAUAAUGAGGGAUAUCUGGAAGGUGACAAUGUUGUGGAAUUUCCAACUUUGGGUAUACAGCCGGAGGACUCUGUAUGUUCGGGCCACGAGAGCAGUACGGCAAAGGAAACUUCAGGUGUAGGUAUUAUGGGGGUGUAA